AUGAGCUAUAAUACAAAACUUAUAUCUGGUUUUUACUACCAACAGUUUCCUAUAACAGGAAAAGGUGUCAUACAAGGUUUGUCUGUUCCAUUGACUUUAAGUACACCUAUUUUAUAUAUUGUUUCAAACUUAGGUUCAAAGUGUUAUUCGAAUGUCGACAGAAACUACUAUGACCAAAAGAUACUCAUGCGUAUAAACAACACUUUCUCUGCUGGUUUGCCUAUUGUUCAUUCGAAUGCAGAGUUUUCAGCUUUAGUAAACUCAAACACUUUAGCAAACAUAAACUUAACCUUAGUUGACGCAAACUUUGUUCCUGUAAAACUUUUAUGUCCUAUGUAUUUGUCAAUGACGGCAGAAAGUUUCGAAUUGGAAGAUGCAACUGGUGAAAGUAUUGUAUUACAAGAACAACUUCAACAACAAAUAGCUCAAGAACAACAAAUGCAACAAAUGGAACAACAAAGUCAAGAAUAA